AUGCGCGCACAAUUUAUUUUGUCAUCGAUAGUCUUGGCCGCUGCCGUCAGUGCACAGAGCAGCGACACCUCCCUUAUAACAGAGCCUAUCCCAAUCACCGGUACAAACGUUUCCGUACCACCAACACCGACAUCAAUCGAAACUCAGUCUCCUCGACCAUCUAUCUCUGUAACCAGCGAAAGCGAGGCGCCAACGGAGACAUUCCCGAGCAUCUCCGAGUCAGAAGCCCCGACAACUAUAGGCACCAUAGUUUCAUCGCUCACACCAAUUCCGACAACGACCCCGCUGAGCAGCAGCGUAAUCGCUAGUGCAUCUAGUGCUUUAUCCAGUAUAUCCAACUCUUUGAGCUCGGCAGCAUCGACCAUCCCUACCCCAACCCCAACCGGCUCUCAAAACGCCGCUUCAUCCCUUCGAUCCGGAGCUGGCUGGACUGUGGGUGCAGUCUUAGCCGGAGUCGCCUUUGGCGCUGCUUUGCUCUAA